AAACAGAUUGCAUUCUAUUUACGUUGCCAAUUUCCAGGGAAAAAAAAAGGAAAUCUCCAUUUUUGCGCGUUCAUCAUGAAGAGAACCAGAGAAGAAGAAGGUGGUAUACAGCAGCAGAGCUUAGACUUGGCUCAAUGUCUAAUAAUGCUCUCUCAUGGCCUUCAAACCAAGCCUACAAAGCAAUUUACAGCAGGCCCCGCCGAGAUCUUCGAGUGCAAAACUUGUAACCGGCGAUUCCCGUCGUUCCAAGCGCUCGGAGGCCACCGAGCUAGCCACAAGAAGCCGAGGUUGGUUGGUGAAGAACCCAAAAAUGAGACCAAGUUUGGAAACCGAAUCUCGGUGGACAAACCGAAAAUGCAUGAAUGCUCCAUAUGUGGAUUAGAGUUUGCAAUGGGACAAGCUUUGGGUGGACAUAUGAGGCGGCACAGAACCGUCGCCAUGGACAUGGCGGAGUUUUCUUCCGUCGUUCCUGUUGUUUCUAAAGCUCCGGUGGUGCUGAAGAGGUCGAACAGUGUGAAGGUUUUGUGGAUGGAUUUGAACCUCACACCUUUAGAGAAUGAUUUGAAGUUGUUGUUCGGGAAAAUGGCACCCAAAGUUGAUGCUUUUGUUUCGUAGAUGGCUAGUUGAUUUUAUUUUAUCAUUUGUUGUUAUUAUUAUUACUUUUUUUUUUUUUUUGGAAAUAUUGAAAUUCAUUCAUUAAUUUGAUGUACAAUUUGGUUUGAUCAUUUACAUACUUUGUAAUAAAAUUAUUUCUUUGUUAACAUGCAAGUUAUGCUUAAUUAAUUAAUGGAUUAGAUAUAUUCUAUACGCUUUGGUAA